CACACCAAUCAUCGUUGAAAGCUACUUGAGGUUGAUAAAAUGUAGUGUUAUAUAAUGAAAAUUCAAAAUAUAGUAUGACCUUUGUAAGCCUUUGACAAACUAAGUAGAACAUGAAAAGUAUGUUAAUUUUUGUACAGUUUCAAAAUCAGUCUUUAAUGUUGACAUGCAAAAAAUGUGGUACUUUCGGUUUCAUUUCCUAAAUUUCAGCCUCCCAGCCUAAUCCCUACCAGGAUAAUACCCAUAAAACACUCACUAGGACACAGCAUACGCACAGCAAGAAAGCAGCAAGAACAGAUCUACUUCAUAAAUAAGGUGUAACGAUGGCUAACAUUAAAACAUUAAAUGAAAUUGGACACCUCAACUCGUCUGGCUUUGGUAGGCCUUGGCCCAGGCAUGGGCUUUACCUGCUCCACUGGUUCUCCCAUAACUACGUCAUAUUCAACAACAAUGGUGACCUGCUGGCGCUGUACAACCCCAAAAGGAGGGAGUUCGGCUUCCAUCGCUUCGAUAACCGACUCGAGUGUGACGGUAACUGUUAUCAACUGCUCCCCAACCAGAACUUUCCAUACUAUGAGGUGGGCAACCUGAAUACCUCAGGGGCAGGUGACCUGCCACCAUACGUUAGGCAGAACUACAAACGACACCAUGAUGACAGCAAUAUGGACCGUAUCAUCAUCAGUCUUCACCCCGGCUCGGUGUUGGAUAAAGUCUAUGUGACCCAACACGAGGAUGUGAGAACCUUUGAUCGCCAGAACACCUAUCGGAUCAGUAAGGGUUUGGUCAGGCUCAUCCGUAAUCUGGGACUGGAGGAGCUGCUAAGGCAAGCUGGGUACCCCAGAACCAUUAUGUUUGUCAAAGCAGUCAAGCGGCAAGAGACUCCAGCUCAAAGCCACACCACCGUUUGUCAACCAGCUGUCAGCCAACCUGACUGGGUAAACAACAAGAGGCCCUCUGUUGUGAGUCCCAGGCCAACACCAUCAAGGGAGUCUGUGAUUGACAUGCCACAUGACUUAAUGCUUUGUGAGAGCAAAAUAAAUCAUGUGUCUGUCAGUAUCCCCGAGAGCAGAGACUCCUAUAAGCCUCAGCGGGAGAGGCGAUGCUGUGUCAUUCUGUAGACUGGGCCAAAGAGAGUCAAAAGGGUUCAUCUUACAGGACGAAUCGGGAAAUAACUGUGGACAACAUUUAUUACAGUGCUCCUAUAAGUAGGUUUACAGUGCAACACUAUUGUAAGUACUCAUUAUUGUUACACUGUACCUACAGCAGUGACCCUAACUCUAAGUCACUUUUUAAACAAUUAUUUAGAAUAAAGUAUUUUUUUAAAUUAAAAAUAAUUUAUUUCAACAUACAAUCACUUCUUUAUAUGUGUAGAUUUCUGAAAGAUUAUAAUCAACCUCUAUACUUCUAGAGAAAACUACAAUACAGCCCAAUGGCAUACCAGUUACCUGGUUUGGAACAGAAUACAGAACCUGGUCCAGGUUUGGAACGGAAUACAGAACCUGGUCCAGGUUUGGAACAGAAUACAGAACUGCAGAUUGCCCUUUAAUAAUCUUAAUUAUCUUUCACUAAUGCAACUGUACAUAAUUGAUUUUCUGUAAAACCAAGGCCAAUAGUUUAUCAUUUCCCACAGUGUUGUAACAGCUCUGUUCUAAUUGGUUAAGCAGCUUCUUGUUUAGAUUCAACUGACUAAGGGCUCUAUUCAAUUGGUAUUGCGGAUGUUCAGCAUUACAGCGUGAUAGAAAUAUUAAGGCUAAUUUCAGUGGCGACAGCGCCUGCUGUACCACCAGAGACUCUGGGUUCGUGCCCAGGCUCUGUCGUAAACGGCCGCGACCGGGAGGUCCGUGGGGCAAUGCACAAUUGGCCUAGCGUCGUCCGGGUUAGGGAGGGUUUGGCCGGUAGGGAGAUCCUUGUCUCAUCGUGCACCAGCGACUCCUGUGGCGGGCCAGGUGCAGUGCGCGCUAACCAAGGUUGCCAGGUGCACGGUGUUUCCUCCGACACAUUGGUGCGGCUGGCUUCCGGAUUGGAUGGCGCUGUGUUAAGAAGCAGUGCGGCUUGGUUGGGUUGUGUAUUGGAGGACGCAUGACUUUCAACCUUCGUCUCUCCCGAGACCGUACGGGAGUUGUAGCGAUGAGACAAGAUAGUAGCUACUAAACAAUUGGAUACCACGAAAUUGGGGAGAAAAGGGGGUAAAAUUACAUUUUAAUUAUUAUUUUUUUAUUAAAAAUUCAGUGGCGACUGCGCAGUCACGGUAAACGCUGCGUAUGUCGUCUCAAUGGGAAAUUACCUUUACAUUUCUGUCUCGCAAUCUGUAACGUUUCAGCGACACAGACUGAGUACAGUACAUUGUUUCUGAUAAAAAGCGGGAAAAAGUAUAACCAUAUUUAACCACAAACCGAUACCACACCUUAUAGUUAAAACAUUUGUGAAAUUAGAAAGAGAUGAGUAAAGUGAUUUUACAAGCGGGUAUCUGGUAUAAACUUUCAAAGUAGACUCAUUAUGAAGCGUUCAUUCAGAAUGUGAAUUUGUUAUAAAUCAUAAACUGUUGAUAAAAGGGAAUAAGUCCACAUUUGUGCAUCAGCAAUCAAAGAAAGCAUACAUUAAAUCAACCCAUCUAUUUCCCACUCUUUAUUCUCUAUUUGCUUUAAGAUUGCAUUGAGAUUGACCAAUCAGAAUAUACUGUAGUUCAUUGAUUAUGCUUGUGUUAUAGUUCCCAGGUGUGGGAGGCUAUUGGCAGAUAUAUAGCCCACAUAGCCUGGUUCCUCUCUAGGUUUCUUCCUAGGUUUUGGCCUUUCUAGGGAGUUUUUCCUAACCACCGUGCUUCUACACCUGCAUUGCUUGCUGUUUGGGGUUUUAGGCUGGGUUUCUGUACAGCACUUUGAGAUAUCAGCUGAUGUACGAAGGGCUAUAUAAAUACAUUUGAUUUGAUUUUGAUUUGAUUUGAUAUACCCAUAGAACAGGAUUAAUGAAGAGAAAGAGAGAUUAGCUUCUUUAACUUGGUUUCUGUUCCAAUGCAUUUAUUAGAGUUUCUCAUAUUCCAAA